UCCUGGAUGAUCCCGGCAGAGAGGGAGGUGGAUGGGCUUCUUUCUUUCUCGUUCACCAGUGGACCUCUUCCCAAUUGAUGCUCCUACGUUGCCAAGGCUGAGUGGGGAAUGUUCAUCCUACAGUUGCUCAUUUGCUCUUGAAACUAUUGUGGUGCCUCGCCAGACUACAACUCCCAGCAUUCCAUAGUACCGAGCCAUGGCAAUGAAACCACUUUCAUAGCAAGCUGCAUGCAUUCAACAGCGUCAGCCAGCGCACUCCAAAUCUGGCCAAGAGAACCCCAUGAUAGGCUUGUUCUGCAUCAGAGCAAACUUUAAGGGAUGCUGCAAGGACCAUCGAGGGAUUCCCAAACAUUGAUCCUCCAAGGUGUAAGGGCCGGGCUGUGGCGCAGCUGGCUAGUAACCAGCUGCAAUAAAUCACUACUGACCGAGAGGUCAUGAGUUCAAAGCCCUGGUCGGGUUAAGCCCCUGACCAUUAAAUAGCCCGGCUUGCUGUUGACCUAUGCAGCCCCGAAAGACAGUUGUAUCUGUCAAGUAGGGAAAUUUAGGUACGCUUUAUGCGAGAGGCUAAUUUAACUAAUUUACAACACCAUAAAACUGCCAGCAAAACACGAGGAAAGGAACGAGGAAGUACAGCCACUAGUGGACGGUGAAGCAACAGCUCCCCCUGUGGUCGGAAUUGUGAAGCUGGAAAAAUGUUAAAUGCCUCUGUGUCUGUCUAUACUGUAUGUUGUUUGUCUGUUGGCAUUGAAUGUUUGCCAUAUAUGUGUUCAUUGCAAUCCGCCCUGAGUCCCCUUCGGGGUGAGAAAGAAGGGCGGAAUAUAAAUACUGCAAAUAAAAUAAAUAAAUAAAUAAUGCAUAAGCUUCCAUCUUCCUCGCAGUUACGACUGGUGGGGACGAGAGAGAGAGAGAGAGAGAGGGCCUUCUCGGCCGUGGCCCCAUCCCGGCUCUGGAACCCCCUCCCCAGGGAGGUUGGGUUGGCACCCUCUCCAUCCUCCUUCGAGAAACAACUAAAGACCUGGAUGGUCAGGUUGGCCUUUGGAGAGACAGGCACUGGAUGACCAGCCUCAGUUGCCGUCAUAACUCUAUCCUGAAUUUUAUUAGGUCCCUUUUAUUUUGGUAUUUUAACUGAUGGUGUUAUUUUUAUAUUGCUGCUGCAGUCCCCCCCCCCCCCCCCACCAAUGAAGUCGACUGAAUUGUACUUGGUGGUUGAUUGAUUUACUACUGUAUUAACUCUUGUCUUAUUGUCUUACUGUAUUUUUUUUUGUACAGUAGAGUCUCACUUAUCCAACAUAAAUGGGCCGGCAGAACGUUGGAUAAGCGAAUAUGUUGGAUAAUAAGGAGAGAUUAAGGAGAAGCCUAUUAAACAUCAAAUUAGGUUAUGAUUUUACAAAUGAAGCACCAAAAACAUCAUGUUAUAGCUCAGUGGCGUUUGAACUGGGGCUGGAUGGCUGUCUGUUGGGAGGGCUUUGACUGUGUCUCCCUGCCUGGAAGAAGCGGGUCGGACUAGAUGCCCUUUGGGGCUCCCUUCCAAGUCUAGUGAAAUAUAAACUGCUUGGGAGCCCUAUGGUUUUUGAACUGAGGUUGGAUGGUCCUCUGUUGGGAGGGCUUGACUGUGUCUUCCUGCCUGGCUGCAAUGGGUCGGACUGGAUGCCCUUUGGGGGCCCCUUCCAAGUCUAGUGAAGUAUAGACUGCCCGGGAGCUCAGUGGCUUUUGAACAGGGGCUGGAUGGCCGUCUGUUGGGAGGGCUUCGACUGUGUCCUUCCUUCCUUCCCUGCAGGAGGGGGAGGGGCUAGAUGCACUUUCCAAACCAGGAGGCUGGCGGGGAAAGGCUCCCCCGGAGCAUGCGCAGAGCGCGGCCUUUGCUUUGGGGCCCGGGAGGGGCGGGGCUCCUUCCUCCUCCUCCCGCUCCAGAUCCGGAGCCCUGGCAGCAUGCGGACGCGCUCCAGAAGCGCUUUCGCCGCGGGGAAGAAGCCCCUCUAAGGACCCGCGAUGCAAGGCUCCUCGGUGCGGCGGCGGGCGGCGGGGGCGGCGGGGCUCCUCCCGGGCAGCGGCAGGACUUUGUCAGUCUGGAUUCGGAAGUCCCACAGUACCUUUGCGUGCUCAUUCUCCAAUACUUUUGCAGGCACGGGGCGGGCGGGGAGGACGGACCCUGCAAAGCCCCCCGCUUCCACUUCGACCUGUGGUUUUAUUUCACGCUGCAGAACUGGGUCCUGGACUUUGGCCGCCCCAUCGCCAUGAUUAUUCUUAAUCCUCUACUCAGUUUGGGAUGGGGCUCAACCACCUUGCCUGCCUCCCUCCCUCCCUUCCAGAUCGUGCUUCCCCUGGAGUGGUUCCCGCUGAAUAAGCCCAGUGCCGGGGACUAUUUCCACAUGGCCUACAACGUCAUCACGCCCUUCAUUCUCCUGAAGUUGAUCGAGCGCUCUCCCAAGACCCUUCCCCGGUCCAUGGUGUACAUCUGCAUCAUCACCUUCGUCAUGGGCGCCAGCAUCCACUUGGUGGGCGACUCCGUCAACCACCGGCUGAUCUUCAGCGGCUACCAGCUCCACCUCUCCGUCCGAGAGAACCCCAUCAUCCAGAACCUCAAGCCGGAGACCCUGAUUGACUCCUUUGAACUGCUGUACUAUUAUGACGAAUACCUCGGGCACUUGAUGUGGUACCUGGUGACGGAGGGGCAGAUCUUCAUCCUCUUCAUCUUCACCUUCUUUGCCCUGAUGGCCCUGGUGAUGCACCAGAAGCGCAAGGGCCUGCUCAUGGACAGCAACGGCCGCUUCCUCUUCUACUCCUUCGGCAUCACCCUGGUCCUGAUCGCGCUCUGGGUCGGCUGGCUCUGGAACGACAGGAUCCUCCGGAAGAAGUACCCGGGCGUCAUCUACGUCCCAGAGCCCUGGGCCUUCUACACCUUGCACAUGAGCACCUUGCACCCUGCCAAGGCAGGCAGUGUCUGACGCACCAAAUCUAAUGCUCGGCUCUUCUUUUUUGGGAGGGUGGGGGGCUAAAUGACCUGGCCAAAAUGAGAGUGUGCAUUAGAUUCGCGUCACGCAGUCAUCUUAGCACUGAGCCAAAGCCAAAGAGGAAGCUCCUCCUUAAGGGACCUCAUCUCUCAUUUAAUUGCACUGACUUAAUGCUAUGAGAUGUUGGGAUUUGUAGUUUGGUGAAGCACCAGCAUCCUUUGGCAGAGAAGGCCCAAGACCUUGCCAAACAACAGCUCCCAUGUCUCCAUAGCAUUGAAUCAAGGCAGUUAAAGCAGAUUCAUUCUACGGCAUAGAUGCACCCUAAGGAAUGAUUCCCAAAGUGGGCGCUACUGCCCCCUGGUGGGCGCUGCAGCGAUCCAGGGGGGCGGUGAUGGCACCUAUUAGGACAUGGGGGCGGGGCCAGCGGUGGGGCGGGGCCUCUUCCCAAGUGCCAGAGACAGGGCUGAGCCCCUGAGGCACCUGUUAGGACACACGGGGCGGAGCUAGAGGAGUGGGCGUGGCUUCUUCCCAAGAGCCCGAGACAGGGCUGAGUAUAUACCUCUACUGAGGCGCUUGUUGGGACACAGAGGGCGGAGCUAGGGAAGGGGGCGGGGCCUCCUUCCAAGAGCCCAAGACAGGGCUGAGCCUCUAUGCCUCUCCUAAGAGUCCUUUUAGGACUAAAGGGUGGGGCUAGGGAAGGGGGCGGGGCCUCCUUCCAAGAGCCUGAGACAGGGCUGAGCCUCUAUGCCUCUCCUGAAAGGCCAUUUAGGACUAAAGGGUGGGGCUAGGGAAGGGGGCGGGGCCUCCUUCCAAGAGCCUGAGACAGGGCUGAGCCUCUAUGCCUCUCCUGAAAGGCCAUUUAGGACUAAAGGGUGGGGCUAGGGAAGGGGGCGGGGCCUCCUUCCAAGAGCCUGAGACAGGGCUGAGCCUCUAUGCCUCUCCUGAAAGGCCAUUUAGGACUAAAGGGUGGGGCUAGGGAAGGGGGCGGGGCCUCCUUCCAAGAGCCUGAGACAGGGCUGAGCCUCUAUGCCUCUCCUGAAAGGCCAUUUAGGACUAAAGGGUGGGGCUAGGGAAGGGGGCGGGGCCUCCUUCCAAGAGCCUGAGACAGGGCUGAGCCUCUAUGCCUCUCCUGAAAGGCCAUUUAGGACUAAAGGGUGGGGCUAGGGAAGGGGGCGGGGCCUCCUUCCAAGAGCCCAAGACAGGGCUGAGCCUCUAUGCCUCUCCUGAAAGGCCAUUUAGGACUAAAGGGUGGGGCUAGGGAAGGGGGCGGGGCCUCCUUCCAAGAGCCUGAGACAGGGCUGAGCCUCUAUGCCUCUCCUGAAAGGCCAUUUAGGAGUAAAGGGUGGGGCUAGGGAAGGGGGCGGGGCCUCUUCCGAAGAGCCCAAGACAGGGCUGAGCCUCUGAGGCGUUUGCUAGAACACGGGGGCAGGGUAUAGAGGUUCAUCCCCAUCAGGCACUUGGGAAGAGGCCCCGCCCCCUCCUCUAGCCCCGCCCCCUCCGUCUUGGAAGGCGCCGCAGGCCAAAGAUAGAAGCUCAGCCCUGCCUCAGAGCUCGUAACUCUGCCCAUCCCAGUCCUGGCCGCCCAUUUGUGGCCCCGCCCACCUCUCUAAGCCACGCCUCCCUUUCCAGGGGGUGCCGAGUCCUAUUUUUUCUGGAAAGGGCGUGGUAGGCCAAAUAAGUUUGGGAACCACUGCCCUCAGGUUCUCCUUCUUUGGUGUCCUAACACUUUGGUUUUUAAAGGAAGGAGUCCAAACAGCCACCCAGUGCAAGGUUCAAAAGAUAAAAAGAUGUGUAUAUUAGAGCAUCUUGCAAAGGCCACAGAAAUAGUCAGGCCUCUCUGAGUAUAGAGCUAUCUUCCCUCUAUGUAAAAAGGAUAAGCGAAUACUAUAAUUAUUUUAUUUUGGUUGCCAAAUUCAAUUGAUGUUUAAAUAGUGGAGACUAUUACAGUCUGGAAGAUACUACUGUGGAUUAUAACAGUUGACAGUAAUAUUGUAUGUAUAUGGUGCUCUGAAUUACAUAGUGCAACUUAUGUUUUGAAACUUUGUAGUAUUCGCUUAUCCUUUUUACAUAGAGGGAAGAUAGCUCUAUACUCAGAGAGGCCUGACUAUUUCUGUGGCCUUUGCAAGAUGCUCUAAUAUACACAUCUUUUUAUCUUUUGAACCGUAAGUCAUCCCUGGCAGGACUGCAAAUGCAAUGAGCGCCUUCUCUGUGGGUCAUCAACGCCUGUUUCAAUCCCAGAAGCAGAAGAUCAGAAGGAAAGGCCUCCCUCGCAUGUCCGCUCACUUCCCCCGUUUUCUCCGGGAAAUUAAAACUAUGCAAAUACCAUUGUGGAGAGCUCAGCGUUUCUUGCGUCUCCCGGUGACUUUUUUGACCCUCGAAGCCCUUUUGCAGAAAUGACUCUUAAGGCCAGCUCCCCCGACUUGAAAAAGCCCCCUGGCUUGUGAUGGACUACAGCGCCCAUUGCCCCUUCGCCAGAAUGGCUGGGGAUGAGGGAUGUUUUAGUCAAGGAACGUGUUUGGGGCGAUCUUCAAAGCAUUCUGUGAUCGUUUUGCAAGAGAAAGAGAUCCGAGCCCGGAGAGAUGCCACGGGGGCUCCAAGAACACGCAAAGGGAUCUCGCGCACCUUUUGAGUCCCACCCAGACAAAGGCGUUGGCGGCAUGCGCUUUCCUAGGCGUGAAGGGCUUUCUCAGAUACGGCCUGUUGCCACCGUCUUUCUCUUUGCCGAGACCUUUUCCAGAACGAAAUCGGCCCCGAAAGGAGCUCUUCCUGCGCACGGCAUGCUUUCUCCUUCCCGAGGCCGUUUCUGUGCUUCCUUCUUUCCCUUCCCUUCAAGACUCAGGUAGAAAACAUUGAUUUUAAGGAAGGUACAGGAUUACAUUUCUUGAACCCAAGGACUUCUCAAGUAGAUCCAGUUGUCUCCAUUUUCGGAGGAUUUUGCAAUUCCUAAACUGAAUCCUUUUUAACUCUUCACUUUCCUCGUGUUGUGUACACACCUUGAGUGUAAUCCAAAUCAAGUGUCUGUUCAAAAAUCCGUCGGCAGAAGAAAUAAACGUUUACUAAAGUUUA